AGAGCAGCCCACACCAGCCCCUCAGUUUCGCCGUGACUGCAGGGAAGAGCUGGAUCGGGGUAAAGAUGAAGGAUGAGAGCGGGGCUGAACUCUUUGUCCUGAGGGAUUUGGUGCAGGGCGAACCGAGAGGAAUCCAGAGCGGUGCACCAACUAGCAUCCCCCGUGUCCCGGCAGAGGAUCAGUAAGCCCCGCGAUCGCGCGUAGAGAUGCGAAGGUGCUUUUGACCCACGGGGAAGAAGUAGCUCCCAAGCUGCCUUUGCCCCUGCUCGUCCUUGUUACUCCAUGGGAUUUCUUCUGCCCCCCGCAACUGACCUGAUGUGGACCGAAGUGUUUCUAACAUGAACUUUCUCCCUGGGAUCUGGUGGUCUCUUCCCUUGAUCUUGGGCUGGGCGACCCCACCAGUCACCUCCUCAUGGUGGUACAUGGGCGCCGUGGGCUCGUCGCGGGUGAUGUGCGACAACGUGCCGGGCCUGGUGAGCCGGCAGCGGCAGCUGUGCCGGCGGCACCCCGAGGCGAUGCUCUCCAUCGGCCGCGGCGUGGCCGCCUGGACGGCCGAGUGCCAGCACCAGUUCCGGCGGCACCGCUGGGACUGCAACGCCCUGGAGCGGGGGCAGCGCCUGCUCGGCCGCGUCCUGCUGCGCAGUAGUCGAGAAUCUGCUUUUGUACAUGCCAUCUCCUCUGCUGGGGUUGUGUUUGCCAUCACCAGGGCAUGUAGCCAAGGGGAGCUGAAAUCCUGCUCCUGUGAUCCCAAGAAGAAAGGCUCUGCCAAGGACAGCAAAGGCCAUUUUGACUGGGGUGGCUGCAGUGAUAACAUUGACUAUGGCAUUAAAUUUGCCAGAGCGUUUGUGGAUGCAAAAGAACGAAAAGGAAAAGAUGCCAGGGCACUGAUGAACCUUCACAACAACAGAGCUGGAAGGAAGGCCGUGAAGCGUUUUUUGAAACAGGAGUGCAAAUGUCACGGUGUGAGUGGAUCCUGCACUCUAAGGACCUGCUGGCUGGCCAUGGCAGACUUCAGGAAAACAGGAGAUUAUCUGUGGAAGAAAUACAAUGGAGCAAUUCAGGUGGUCAUGAAUCAAGAUGGCACGGGUUUCACUGUGGCUAAUAAGAAAUUUAAGAAGCCAACUAAGAAUGACCUGGUGUACUUUGAGAGCUCUCCAGACUACUGUAUCAGGGACAGGGAUGUAGGGUCCUUGGGGACGGCCGGUCGGGUGUGCAACCAGACCUCGCGUGGCAUGGACAGCUGUGAGGUGAUGUGCUGCGGGAGGGGCUACGACACCUCCCGCGUCAGCAGGAUGACCAAAUGCGAGUGCAAGUUCCACUGGUGCUGUGCUGUGCGCUGCCAGGACUGCCUGGAAGUGGUGGACAUCCACACUUGCAAGGCGCCAAAGAGCGCUGCCUGGGUGUCCCGGACAUGACACACGGGCUGCUGGUGCUGGGGACCACAGCCUUUGCCCUUCCUGUCCAUGCAGGCAAUGCAUCAGAGAUCUUUUUUACUUCUAUGCCUGGUUUGCCUUUGCUGUUCAUUGCAGAGUUGCUGCUGAAAAAUUGAUAUAAACCCUGCAGCGUUUACUUUGCAUUUCUGCAUGACAGCAUUGCUGCAGAGUUGUCUCUGCAUAAACUGAUGCAGCUCUGGAAGGAUGUACUUAUGCCAGGACUCUUCCAACCACCGUGUAACUCUCGCCCAGAACCCUUGUGGCAAUUCAUUCCUGCCACCAGGAACACGAGAAGAUACAAAAUAUGGCACUUUUACAAGAUCACCACCGCCAACCGCGUAGGCUAGGCUUGCUCAAACAUCUUCUGAAGGAUCUUGGGCAGGUCACAGUUGGCCUCAGGAGUUUGAGCACUGGUUGGUGAUUUCCCCAUGAAAGAAAAUUUGCAGCCAGAUUGGUGAAAAACUUUACUGGAAGGGUGUUUGUUCAUCCCUGGUGGACUGGAGUUUCCAGUAAGGUGGCCACCUGAGACAGCCCGGGCCACCAUUAGCACACUUUGGCUUCCUGUGGGGCAGGAACUGACCCAUGGCCUAAAACAAAAGAAACUGCAGGAGAUAUAGUCAGCCACAACACUUUGAUGAACUAUUAGAGUCAAAAGUAAAUGUCUUAGUUAUGUUUGUGAAAACUUGCCUUAAAAGCUUCUAAAAAAUAAUUAAUUGCUGAGUUGUUGGUUUUUUUUUUUCUGACCUGAAGGGUUGAAGAGAGUGUUUUUUCACCCUGGUGAAAGCUGGAUACAGGACCCUCAACUACCUAAGGAUAGGGUUUCCUCUUUUUUCACAUACACAGUAGUGGAAAAAUGUUUGUGAACAGCGAUAGAGAAGG